GAUUAAAAUAAUUAGUGUUACUGUUGUAGAGACCCACCUUUUAGCACAUCCCAGCACACCCACUCACUUCACCAGAUGCACCUUGUUUAGUUCUCUCACCUUUGAUUGGGUGUGGUGCUUGUCCUUGAUUGCACUCACCUGUCACACAUUAUAUGUCACACAGUACAUAAGGACUGCAUUCACUUUUGGCUCACUCUUUCCUCACUUCCACACGGGGCGGCAGCUGAGCAUUGGCAGUCCAUGUGUGUCUUUGUUUCCUUCCUUUUUUGCCUUAUUUAUUUGAGAAUAAAAGGAGUACCCUGAAAAUAAUUCUGCAUUAGAUGGCUGCUUUUCUUAUUCUAACCGGAUGAGCCCAUGAAGCUGAUUGCUUCAGCCCUGAACCUUCCUCCCUUCAAAACAUGGUCCUCCGAGCCGGAGAGGUAUUAGCAUCAUGGAUACACAGCAGCCAUUUACUGAAGGUUUGAGAAGAUCCAGUCGUGAUAGUAGACCUCCUGCCUACCUGCAACAGUAUGAAGUUCAGUACCCUGGAGCUAGAAGAGCUACAUGUGAGACAGAGAGCCAAACUGAAUGCCAGCACAGUGAUAAAGACACACAUGGGCUGCAGGAUCCUGUCGGAGAGUCAGAAAGACCACCAGAGACAUCCCCUGUUCCUUUACCCACCACCCAAGAUGAGGUCAUGAGGGAACUCCUAACGACCAUGAGGGAGAUUAAGCAAUUUAUGAUUCAAUCAUCUCCUUCCCAUUCUCGUAGCUCCAGAUCUUCCAUUCGCACAGUCUCAUCUGAGGGAAUCAAAGCUUCUGUAUGCAGUAUACGAGCCAGUCUUCAAACACAUCAACAACCUGAGCAGCUCCCAGUAACUGAUACAGCAACCUGUCAAUCACCAAUCCAGCCCCCGCAGAUUAGCCGUCAGCCUGGCCUAGUUGCAGCUGCCAGCCCUCCCGUACCUAAUGCAACAAUACUAGAUGCUGCAAUCCCUUCCACUGGUUUGCCUAGACCAGUCCUUGCUACAGAAGAUGAGACCCCCUUUGAUUUCCUGGCCUUAUCACGGCAGGAUCCCCACCAGAUCUCAUGUGUUCAACCUGCUGUUCCUUUAGCGGAAGACCCUGUUCAACCUCUCAUUCGCAUAUCUGACCACAAAUAUUGCCCUCCUCUAGAGCAGCAACCAGCUACAUCCAAUGCCUCAUAUGAACAGAAACCUUUGAUACCUGGUACUGCUAGCUCGGGUCACUCCUCUAGCACGAGAACACAUGUAUAUAAGCUUGAAGGUCCUUCGUUUCCAGACCUUAGUAGAGAAGACGAAAUGCAAUACAGGAUGUUACGGAUGGCCCUUACAAACCUUCUUGAUCCUCAUGAGACAGAGCACUUCAAAUAUCAUGUCCUUCUUGAUCACCUCAAAGUAGACCAAGCUAAACGAUUAGCUCUUGCCUUUUCCUACGCUCCUGACCCAUACACUCAAGCCAUCAAAGCCCUUGAUGAGCGUUAUGGGCAACCAAGACAGCUGGCAUUGAAAGAGCUAAAGAAUAUACUGGAACUGCCUCCUAUCAGAGCAGGUGAUGGUCAGAGCCUUGAUAAUUUUGCUCUUCGAGUACAGGCUUUAGUUGGGUUGCUUAGCACUAUGGGAGAACAAGGACGUGCAGAACUAGACUGUGGCUCCCAUGUCGAUCGCUUGUUAGUGAAGUUGCCUGCAGAGCAUUUCAGUCGCUUCAAACGGCAUGUUUACAGGGAACAGGGAGAAAUGACGUAUACCUUGCCUUUGUUCUCAUCCUGGUUGCAAAUGGAAUGCAGGUGUCAACCAAAGAAGGCCAGUCCUGUUUCAUCCUUCAACCAGCCACGACCUGCCCGUAAGUACGCUUCUCCACUUACAACAAUAUUACAUGAAGCAAAUACAUCUGAUGAUUCUGUACAUGCAACACAGCCGAUCAUGACAACUAAGGCUACAUGUGCAUAUUGCUGCUCACAGAACAAAUCACAAAAAAAAUUUUUUUAG